AUGGAGCAGUCAGACGAAGAAUUGGCUCGUUUGCUCCAGUCUCAGGAAUACGAGGCUGCCGGUGCUCAGGGGUCGUCUUCAAGCACCCCUAUUGCCAUCAGCAACGACAUCGACUUUGCUGACAACAACGAUUCGCUUGCCUUCCAGACUGACGCACCAUUCAAGGAUCUUCACGGCCUCUUCCUUGCCUUCAACGACCUCUACUUUGAAUCAAAACUGAGCGCCUGCGAAGUCCGGUGGAGUCCUCGCAUGACCGUCUGCGCAGGACUAUGCGUGUACCAGUCGGCAGCCCAGUACUGUUCGAUUCGACUGUCGGAGCCUUUACUCAAGUUUCGGCCAGAGUCUGACUACAUCGAUACUCUGCUGCAUGAGAUGAUCCAGUGA